CCAGGCCGGUAGAGGUGCUUUUUGAUUGGUUGAAGUGUCUGCCGGUCUGUCAUCCAAUAAGAAAGCAGAGUCGGCAUCUCUAUUUACAUAAAUUCUUCCUGUUUACCACAGUAUGAGGCAUGUUAUCCAAUCAGAUUCUAGAAACAUGGAAGCCUUCAUUUGAAUAUAAAAAUGACAAAUAGACCUGCUCUGUCCUCAUUUCCAUUUGUUUCUAUUCGGACACUGUGUCAACAUGCCAGAUCCUUCUCGGUCGGCUCCCGCCCCUAAGAAAGGCUCCAAAAAGGCCAUCACCAAGGUUCAGAAGAAAGACGGCAAGAAGCGCAAGCGCGGCCGUAAGGAGAGCUACUCCAUUUACGUGUACAAGGUGCUGAAGCAGGUGCACCCGGACACCGGCAUCUCGUCCAAGGCCAUGGGCAUCAUGAACUCCUUCGUCAACGACAUCUUCGAGCGCAUCGCCAGCGAGGCCUCCCGCCUGGCGCACUACAACAAGCGCUCCACCAUCACCUCCCGGGAGGUGCAGACGGCUGUGCGCCUGCUGCUGCCCGGGGAGCUGGCCAAGCACGCCGUGUCCGAGGGCACCAAGGCCGUCACCAAGUACACCAGCUCCAAGUGAGGCGCUUCCACCGCAGCCGCGCAACAGAACCCAAAGGCUCUUUUCAGAGCCACCCCCAUGCUCACAAAGGAGCUUACAAACCAGUUUGGUGGUGACAUUAAUUCAGUUGGGAUUA